CUUGGGAUUUGUCUUCUAAGGUGCACCAGAUUGUAUUUAGCAAGCAGGGAAAUAUUCCUCCUUAUCUAGCUAGUGCUUGUUUAUUCUUCCCUUAUAAAAAGCAAAGGACUAGCAAUUUUCUUUUACGAACAUGGGCUGAAGGCAGAUAAAUAGCCCUUGCGGGAGAGGAAGGUCAAGUUCAAAGUUUUUCUUUCCUUUGGAUUCAGGAAUAAGCAAAUGGAAAGACUAGCCAAACAACCGAGCAGCAGGCAUCUGAUGGUUAAGCCCUCCCCCCAGGACUUUUUAUGUACAUAAGCAGAAGUCACUGGAGCAGCUGCGGCGCAUUAGUUCCAAUAGUUUAACAGGCUGCUUUGUAGCGCUGACAAAGCCGUGCUAACGCAGUGGCUUCCCUCCAUGUUCCCCUGCCCUGCGAGCUCGUCAGUGAUCUUUGGCAGGGGAUCCGCAGAGGAGGGGUGACGUUUAACAGGCUUCCGCUGAGGAGUGCGCUCGCCUCCUCUACACCCAGCCCCAUCUCCACGGAGAGACUGAGGCAGGCGACCGAAUGAUCUAACAGCAGCUGGAUCCAAUCUGCUUCCCUGGACAUUUCCCCGGACUUGUGAGCGAGGCAGUCGCUGGAAAGAGGCCAGGGAACCACGUUGCCCUGGAUUGUUGCCAACUGUACAAACUUGACCGGGAAAAAUGGCUCAGCAGACGACAAGCCCGGACACCUUAACAGUACCUGAAGUGGAUAAUCCGCAUUGUCCAAACCCCUGGCUGAACGAGGAUCUUGUGAAAUCCUUGCGCGAAAACCUGUUGCAGCACGAGAAGUCCAAGACAGCAAGGAAAUCCGUUUCUCCCAAGGUGUCUCCAGUGAUCUCUCCGAGAAAUUCCCCCAGGCUUCUGCGGAGGAUGCUUCUUAGUAGCAACAUCCCCAAACAGCGGCGUUUCACGGUGGCACAUACGUGUUUUGAUGUGGACAAUGGCACAUCUGCGGGACGGAGUCCCUUGGAUCCCAUGACCAGCCCGGGAUCUGGGCUAAUUCUCCAAGCAAACUUCGUCCACAGUCAACGUCGGGAGUCCUUUCUGUAUCGAUCCGACAGCGAUUAUGACCUGUCUCCAAAGUCUAUGUCCCGGAACUCCUCCAUUGCCAGUGAUAUACAUGGAGAUGACUUGAUCGUGACUCCAUUUGCUCAGGUCUUGGCCAGCCUGCGAACUGUACGAAACAACUUUGCUGCAUUAACUAAUUUGCAAGAUCGAGCACCUAGCAAAAGAUCACCCAUGUGCAACCAACCAUCCAUCAACAAAGCCACCAUAACAGAGGAGGCCUACCAGAAACUGGCCAGCGAGACCCUGGAGGAGCUGGACUGGUGUCUGGACCAGCUAGAGACCCUGCAGACGAGGCACUCUGUCAGUGAGAUGGCCUCCAACAAGUUUAAAAGGAUGCUUAAUCGGGAGCUCACCCAUCUCUCUGAAAUGAGUCGGUCUGGAAAUCAAGUGUCAGAGUAUAUAUCAAACACAUUCUUAGAUAAGCAACAUGAAGUGGAAAUUCCUUCUCCAACUCAGAAGGAAAAGGAGAAAAAGAAAAGGCCAAUGUCUCAGAUCAGCGGGGUCAAGAAGUUGAUGCACAGCUCCAGUUUGACAAAUUCAAGCAUCCCGAGAUUUGGGGUUAAAACUGAACAAGAAGAUGUCCUUGCCAAGGAACUAGAAGAUGUAAACAAAUGGGGCCUUCAUGUUUUCAGAAUAGCAGAGCUGUCCGGUAACCGGCCUUUGACUGUUAUCAUGCAUACUAUUUUUCAGGAACGGGAUUUAUUAAAAACAUUUAAAAUUCCAGUAGACACUUUAAUUACAUACCUGAUGACCCUGGAAGACCAUUACCAUGCUGAUGUGGCCUACCACAACAAUAUUCAUGCUGCAGAUGUGGUCCAGUCAACACAUGUGCUGUUAUCUACACCUGCUUUGGAGGCCGUGUUUACAGAUUUGGAGAUUCUUGCAGCAAUUUUUGCCAGUGCAAUACAUGAUGUAGAUCAUCCGGGUGUGUCAAAUCAGUUUCUGAUCAAUACAAACUCUGAACUUGCCUUGAUGUACAAUGAUUCUUCUGUCUUGGAGAACCAUCAUCUGGCUGUGGGCUUUAAGUUGCUUCAGGAAGAAAACUGUGACAUUUUCCAGAAUCUGACCAAAAAGCAAAGACAAUCAUUAAGGAAGAUGGUCAUUGACAUUGUACUUGCAACAGACAUGUCAAAACACAUGAAUCUACUGGCUGAUUUGAAAACUAUGGUGGAAACUAAGAAAGUGACAAGUUCUGGAGUUCUUCUUCUUGAUAAUUAUUCUGAUAGGAUUCAGGUCCUUCAGAAUAUGGUGCACUGUGCAGAUCUGAGCAACCCAACAAAGCCUCUUCAGCUGUACCGCCAGUGGACUGACCGCAUAAUGGAGGAGUUCUUCCGCCAAGGAGACCGAGAGAGAGAGCGGGGCAUGGAGAUAAGUCCUAUGUGUGACAAGCACAAUGCAUCUGUGGAAAAAUCACAGGUGGGCUUCAUAGACUAUAUUGUUCAUCCUCUGUGGGAGACAUGGGCAGACCUCGUGCAUCCUGACGCCCAGGACAUUUUGGACACUUUGGAGGACAAUCGUGAAUGGUACCAGAGCACAAUUCCUCAGAGCCCCUCUCCAGCACCUGAUGACCAGGAGGAAGGCCGGCAGGGUCAAACGGAGAAGUUCCAGUUUGAACUAACUUUAGAGGAAGACGGCGAGUCAGACACCGAAAAGGACAGUGGAAGUCAAGUGGAAGAAGACACGAGCUGCAGUGACUCCAAGACUCUGUGUACUCAAGACUCAGAGUCGACUGAAAUUCCCCUUGAUGAACAGGUGGAAGAAGAGACGGUAGGGGAGGAAGAAGACAGCCAGCCUGAAGCCUGUGUAAUAGAAGAUCAUUCUCCUGACACGUAACAGUGCAAAGACUUUCACGCCUUUUGUUUUGUUCUGUUUUUUUUUUAAUUUAAGUAGAAAAAUUGUUUCCAAAGUGCAUGUCACAUGCCACAACCAUGAUCACACCUCACUGUCAUCUGCCAGGAUGUUUGUUGAACAAAACUGACCUUGACUACUCAGUCUGGCGCUCAGGAAUAUUGUAACCAGUUUUUUCACCUCCAUGUCAUCGGAGCAAGGGGGACAUCUUCAUGAACAGCAUUUUAACAAGAUUUCAGCUUGGUAGAGCUGACAAAGAGAAAAUCAACUGCAAAAUGUUUUCAAUAGAGUGGCUCAUCGGGCAGCCCAAAAGUUGUUAUGAUUUGGGGUUUCUUUACUUUUUAUUUGUUUGCAAUAUUUUCAGCAGAAAGAAAGCAUUACACAGACAGAGUGAACUCAUGGAUGAAGCAACAAAUGUGUCAGGAACAGGACACAGCAUGAAUCUGUUACCAGGAGGAAGAUGAGCCACAGAAAUUGCAUAAUUUUCUAAUUUCAAGUCUUCCUGAUACAUGACUGUAUAGUGUGGUUCACUGAGCUGCACUGACCUCUACAUUUUGUAUGAUAUGUAAAACAGAUUUUUUGUAGAGCUUACUUUUAUUAUUAAAUGUACUGAGGUAUUAUAUUUAAAAAAACUAUGUUCAAAACUUCAUCUGCCACUGGUUAUUUUUUUCUAAGGAGUAACUUGCAAGUUUUCAGUACAAAUCUGUGCUACACUGGAUAAAUCUAAUUUACGAAUUUUACUUGCACCUUAUAGUUCAUAGCAAUUAACUGAUUUGUAGUGAUUCAUUGUUUUAUAUACCAAUGACUUCCAUAUUUUAAAACAGAAACCAAUUUUAUGUUGCAGGAAACCCUUUUUGUAGGUCUUCAUUUGCUUUGCUUUUCAUUUCAGUCUUUUCAGAUAAGCAGAGUUGCUCUCACUGAUAUUUUUUUCACGGUGUACAAAGUGAAUAUUUGUUCUGUGAUACUUUGAUGUGCAUUCUGUCUAAUGUGUCUUAAGCCUCAUAAACAAUCAUCAGUUGGUGUUGUCUGAAGCAAGUAAGAGAUAUAUAAAUACACAGUAGCUAAAAUGGUCUUUUUUAGAUAUUUUCCUACUUAGUGUCUUCUGAUAACUUUUUGCUGUGUCAAUAGACCCUCAUUUCACAAGUGCAUGUCUUUGUAAUAACCCUCACAUUUUAUGCUCAUUUCUGUUGUUUUCACAGUCAGUUGUAGUAAGAACUUUUUUCCCCUUGUGCUGCUUUAUUAUUUAGUGUGUGUUUGAAUCUCUGUCCAUGUUCACUAGAUGGGGUCUUAUCAAAUAUAUCACCACCAUUCUGAGUGAUGAAAAGUAGCAGGUAGUCAGGCUAGAGUCACCAUUUAUUUCUACCACAAGGCCAAAUAUAAUGCCUAACUUUAACUCUUGAUUUACACAGAAAAGUUAACAGCUAGCUAGGUAAUUUUUAAAAAUAUUAGCAGAGUAUAUUAACAAACACCAGUACAACUAAUGUUCUUUGUUUCCAUGAUUUCACCAUGGGAUUAAGAACUAUAUGAGGAAUAUUCUUGAGAAGAGAUCUUAAGUGUAGCAACUACUCUUCCUUAAUGGAUAGCCUAGUAAUGUAGAAAUUGCUCUCACAGUUAUCACUGGUCCACAAGUAUGUCUUGUAGAGGAGAAUAUUAAAUGCACCAAGGGAAAGAAGUUGAUGAUGCUGCUGGCACCAGAGGUUUGGUAAUAUAAUGCCACGCUAAAAUACUAGGAUGGGUAAGAAGAUUCUACCUAAGUAACAGAGCUAAUUCUUGGCUGCAUUUAGCACCAAGAAAUGUAUUACAAUUUUAGGGAUUACUUUCCAGUAUUUACCUUCAAUUGGCAUCCCGGGGCACUUACCUAGUCUGGAUGUUCUGUCCAUUCCAGCUCUUAGUAAAGCAUUUGCCUUGUCUAUGAAGAAUUUGGAGCCCAAAUAGUCAUUUUUCACAUUGAUAUUAUUUAUGGAAAAUAAACAGUCAAGAAAACUUAUAACCCUGAAAAGCAUUUAUAUUUGGGAUUUCUCAAGGGCCUUCUGGCGACUAAUAACCAAGUCAUCAGCCAGGGGAAAUGACCCAAGCUAAACAUAGUCCCUAUUUGAAUCCCCGGAGAUCCACAAGGGAACUUCUGACAGAAAAAUUAUGUAGCUCUGAUCUGUUCUUAGAGCAGAACAGGAAUCAACUAAUUAAUGAUCAGAUUUCCACCCUCUUCCCUGAAAAAAAAAAUCAGUAAUCUUUCAAAUAAAGUCCUGUGGUUAGCCAAGUGGUUUCAUAAGAACAGUUGAAAACUUGUUUUAUUUGUUCUUGAUGGAAGUCUAGAAGAAAAGGCAAACAAUCUAGAGUGUAUUCCUUUAUCCAAAAUAUUCUCAUUCCCUCCUCUCACUACUGCUUGGUAUUUCCCCCACAGAGUGCCUAAAAUCUUGAUAAUAAUAGAAAAAAAUUAAAGUAGCAAUAUGUCACAAAUCCGGACCUGAAAGGAUUUGUAACUGCAUUGAAAAGCAGAGUUGUUUUGUUUUCAACUUGUUGGUUUAUAAUGAUCACGUGUUGUGAAGAUACUCACCGAUGGACAAUCAAAUUGUAGAAAAGGCAAUAUCCAAGAGACAGAGACUAAUGCACUGUACAGUCUGCUUAUCCUCUCCCUUCUUUCUCUUCCCUUCUCUCUUGCCAAAGUGUGCUUCAGAAUUAUGCACCGCUUUACAGAGAACAUCCUUUUACAAGUGGCUUUACGUUUCCUAAAAUGCCAUAAGAAAAUGCAAUAUCUGGGUACUGUAUGGGGAAAAAAAGUCCAAGUUUGCAUAAAACCAGUACAUUUCAGCUUGCAAGUUACUAAACACAAUAACGCUGUUUUAAUUUUCUUUUACAUCACUUAAAAUUCACAAGAAAAUAAUGUAGAUAGAACAAAUUGCAGACAAGGAAAAAAAAACUUGAAUGAAAUGGAUUUUACAGAAAGCUUUAUGAUAAUUUUUGAAUGCAUUAUUUAUUUUUUGUGCCAUGCAUUUUUUUUUCUCACCAAAUGACCUUACCUGUAAUACAGUCUUGUUUGUCUGUUUACAACCAUGUAUUUAUUGUAAUGUACAUACUGUAAUGUUAAUUGUAAAUUAUCAGUUCUUAUUAAAACAUCAUCCCACGAUGGGAUGGUGUUGAUAUAUUUGGAAACUCUUGGUGAGAGAAUGAAUGGUGUGUAUACAUACUCCUUGUACAUUUUCUUUUCUCCUGUAAUAUAUAUAGUCUUGUCACCUUAGAGCUUGUUUAUGGAAGAUUCAAGAAAACUAUAAAAUACAUAAAGAUAUAUAAAUUUAAAAAACAUAGCUGCAGGUCUUUGGUCCCAGGGCUGUGCCUUAACUUUAACCAAUAUUUUCUUCUGUUCUGCUGCAUUUGAAAGUAAGGCAAUGGGGGCGGGCUAGGGCUGGGCAUUUUACAUCCAAGCUUUGAACCAAUUGGAUUUCUGGCAACAGCUGGAAUUUAGAAAACCACAGUCAACCUCUGGAAGAUUCUGACACCCUUCUGACUUACAAGCUUUUAAGUACUUGUUGCUGUGAAACAGCACUGGAUAUAUAAUGAUUCUUCUUCCUAUCUCUUGAUCAGGAGCUACUUCAGUUAGUUACAUCUGAUUGUUGUUUUAUUUUUUUUUAACUUUCAAACACUACUUGGGAAAAUAUAUUCUUGUCCAAUAACAAAAUCAUUUUCACUUCUUUAGCACAUAGGCAAAUGAACUUGAUUUGAAACUAGAGCCAUAGGUCACAUGUGAUGGUCAGUCAUUUAUUCAUCAGCUCCUGUCAUGUUAGGAGAAUAUGUGAUAUGAAAAAGAAAAGAAAAUGUAGUAUGAAAAGGUCAUUUUUUUUAACCCUGGAAUUUGACUUUACCUAAGAUCAACUAAAUUUCUAUAUGUAUGUGAAUCUAAAGAUAAAACAGUUUUUAUAUGAUGCCAGUUCACACAAAAAUGAUUUGCCAUUCUCUGGAAUUUGUUUCUGCAAAACUUCUAUGGCUGUAGAAUUUUAAAAGUUAACCUUGUUGUUGUGGUCAACUCCCAAAAGCGUUGAAAAAUUCCCAGUGGGUGGCAUGGAAACUGCCUCCCACUCUUGCCCAGCCCUCAGAACAUGUGACUUAGUGAGAGAUUCUUUUUCUAGAAAAAAUGAGCCUCCUAUUACUUUAUUUUAUUUUUUUGACACAAACUGUAGAUUUUAGCAGCCCUGGCCCAAAGGAAUUUGAUUACUUUUGUUUUAAACAGUACAAAGGGGACACUAUAAUUAUGAAAAACAUCCUUCCUGAUUUUAGUUGUUUUUAAUUUUAUUUCUUAGGAUAUGUUUUCAGAGUGGUAAAUUGUGUGUGCGCAUUACAAAUGAUGAUGAUUCUUUUAGUGGUUUCUUAGCCUCUUUACAGCCCAUGGGGAUAGUACUGUACAUCAAUACCUUCAUAUGAAAUUUUUAUAUGCAAUGAAAAUAAAAGCAUGGGUUGAUUCUGCCUA